ACGGGAGCGGGCGAGGCCGGCGGGAGCGCGGAGCCCCGGCGCGCCCCCGCCCUUCGCUGCCGCCGCUCCCGCGCCUCCAUCCGGCUCCGCCGAGCGCUGCCAGCGCGCCCCGUCGCCGCCGCCCGUUAGAGACCCGCCGCCCGCCGCAGAGGGGAGAGCGCGACAGCCGGGAGCACGGGAGAGGGAAGGACCCUCCCCCCGCCGCGAACCCUCUUCUUCCUCCUCCUCCUCCGCCUCCGCCUCCGCCUCCGCCUCCCGGCCGGGAAGAGCUCGCCGUGCCCGCAGCAGCCCCGCUGGAUGCACUGAGCGCUCGGGCGCGGGGAGAGGGGCAGGAGGGAGCCGGGAGCCCCGCCGCGGAGGCGCUGCGCUGCCCGGAGGCUCACGGCCAUCUGCUUUAAUUCUUUUAUUCCCCCCCCCGCCCGCCCGUGGCUGGCUUUGCCCCUGCCUCCUCCUCUCUGCCCGCGGGAGCCAGCCCAGGCGGCGGCGGCGGCGGGGGCUACUCUUUUUUUUUUUUUUUUUCUUCCCCCCCCCCUUUUUUUUUUUUUUUUUAAAUUUUCGUCGCCGCCAUGGGAUGUACCCUGAGCGCCGAGGAAAGAGCCGCCCUGGAGCGGAGCAAGGCCAUCGAGAAGAACCUGAAGGAGGACGGGAUCAGCGCCGCCAAAGACGUGAAACUCCUCCUGCUCGGGGCCGGAGAAUCGGGAAAAAGCACCAUCGUGAAGCAAAUGAAGAUCAUCCAUGAGGAUGGCUUCUCUGGAGAAGACGUGAAGCAGUACAAGCCGGUGGUCUACAGCAACACUAUACAGUCCCUGGCAGCUAUUGUACGUGCCAUGGAUACCUUGGGCAUCGAAUACGGUGACAAGGAACGACGGGCCGACGCCAAGAUGGUCUGCGAUGUCGUGAGUCGGAUGGAGGACACAGAGCCCUUCUCUCCAGAGCUGCUGUCAGCCAUGAUGAGACUCUGGGCAGACUCUGGCAUCCAAGAAUGCUUCAACCGGUCCCGGGAAUAUCAACUUAACGACUCGGCCCAAUACUACCUAGACAGCUUAGAUCGAAUCGGAGCUGCAGACUACCAGCCCACGGAGCAGGAUAUCCUCCGAACCAGGGUCAAGACAACUGGCAUCGUAGAAACCCACUUCACAUUCAAAAACCUCCACUUCAGGCUCUUCGAUGUCGGGGGCCAGCGGUCAGAACGCAAGAAGUGGAUUCACUGCUUUGAGGACGUCACGGCGAUCAUUUUCUGUGUCGCGCUGAGUGGCUACGACCAGGUGCUCCAUGAAGACGAAACCACGAACCGCAUGCACGAAUCACUGAAGCUUUUUGACAGCAUCUGCAACAACAAAUGGUUCACAGAUACAUCUAUCAUCCUCUUUCUAAACAAGAAGGACAUAUUUGAGGAGAAAAUUAAGAAAUCCCCACUGACUAUCUGCUUUCCUGAGUAUACAGGCCCCAACUCUUUCACGGAGGCGGUGGCUUACAUCCAGGCUCAGUACGAGAGCAAGAACAAGUCCUCCAACAAGGAGAUCUACACGCACAUCACCUGCGCCACCGACACCAACAACAUCCAGUUCGUCUUCGACGCCGUCACGGAUGUCAUCAUCGCCAACAACCUGCGGGGCUGCGGACUCUACUAAAGCCCUCUCCUCCCCUCCUCUCCUCGCGCCCGCCGGGAGCAUCCUCUGGUCCCGCGGACAGGUCCUCUCUCUCUCUUUUUUUUUUUUUUUUUUUCCUCCUCAGAAGAUGAUGAGGAAGAAAUACAUAAAUCCCACCUCCCGCCCUAGAAAACUUUGCAGCGAGUUCUGCUUUCCCCAGCCCUGGGGGUUUUUUUUGGUUUUUUUUUUUUGUUGGUUAUUUUUGGUUCAUUCCCUUGCUGCCUCGUUCUGCUCCUCCGUUCCAAUUCACAGUGCUGUAGAGGGAGCUAACGCAUUUCCCACAAAGUGCAUUUCAACUGCCAAAAGACAAAAAUACUUCGGUUUUAAAAAAAAAAAAGAAAAAAAAAAAAUCAAAGCCUUAAAAUACUGGUCAGCAACACUGUAGUUUGGAACCAAAACCUUUUUUUUUUUUUUUUUCUCUUGAAAUUAAGGGAUAUUUUUAAUUCUCCUAGUUAUUUAUCUUUUUUUAAAACAACACUAUUCCUUUGGGAAGUGCUAGAUACAACAUGAUCACUUUGAGGGUACCUUACGGCUCCGGUUCCUACCCCGAAGCCGGAGGGGUCGGUGUUGAACGCAGCCGCCGCAGCUUGAAUUUGUAUAUUUUUCCUUUUUUCCAGACAGCUAUUUGAACAAGUAAAACAGCCAUAUCGAGUUCCGCUGGUGUCCGAGACGGACACAGUAACAAAACCUACUAAGCCUUGUCUAAAAACAUUCGUUACCGGUAACAGUUUUACCUCAAGUUGUUCAAAAUUAACGUUAAGAUACGUCUAGUGGUUUCAGUAACCCGUUUUUUAGGCUUUGCUGGAUGCCACGGAGCUGCCGGGUGGCAGCUGGGCUCGGACCCCGAGGACGCCCGUCCUGAUGGGGACCCCGCGCACGGGGGGCAUCCCGCCGAGGAUGCCGGCCUGGGUACCCAGCGAUUUUUCCCAAAGCAUCUCCCAGCCGAAGCGAUUUCAGCGCAACCGACGCUCCGGCAAACACACGGCUUCUCUUUCCAAAACCUCAGCCCCGAAACGCUGGGGUGCACCAAAAAUAUUUCGCUCCGGCUCCUUGUAGGUGGAGUUGGACCUGAGAUGCGGAGAGGCGCUUUGGGAAACCUCGCCGUGCCUGGGUGACGGCAAGGUGCGCGGGAGCCUCGCGGCUCUUUAUCGCACCUCGGGCAUCCGAACGCCCUUGAGAAGUCCGACCUCGCGCUCGGAGCCUCCUUGGCCGAGCAGAAGCAGGUAGCUUGCCCGUGCCGUCUCCUGCCUGGGUGUCCGAGAGAGACAGCUCCAGGUUUGGCGUCUCCUGUCAGGGCAUCUCUUUACCAGUACCUGCAGCGAGAGGGACGGUUUGUACUGGCCGCGUAGCGGCAAGGGAGGGCUGAGGGAGCUGGUUAGAGACAAGUGAUGGAGUAGGAAGGAGAAGUGCGAGGAAGAGAGGGAAGGGAGGGAGGAAGGGCGGGGCGGGAGGUGCGGAAAGGGCAAGGGUAGCGCCCAGCACAGCAAAACGUGGGGGCACGGAGGGUCCACCCCAAAAGCUUGUGCGGUGUCCGGGUGAGCCAGCCACCUCCGAGGUCGCGCUCGGGACCUACCUGCACCUGGGGGCAGGUGGGCAGUGCUGGUCCCUGCCCCUUCUCCGCCUCUCUUAAAAAUCCAUGGUCCUGGAAAAUGUCUUUGCGGGCCAGCCAGAAGUUCAGCUGUCCUCUCGCGGGAGCGCGAGCUAGGGGUGUCUUUCAGGUCUCCGGAGGUCUGAGUUUUCUCCAGUGCCAUGCCCGAGAGGGACAAGAUCUCUUUUCUCACUGUGCCCACCUUAGGGUGGGGUGAGCGCAGCCCAAAGCCCGAAGGCCGGGGGAGCCGUGGCGUGCGGGGGGCAGGAGCAGGUACGGUGGCACGGGACGGAGCGGACCGGCAAGGGAGGAGUGGGAGAGAAGGUGCAGGAGGGAGAUGAGGCAGGUUGAGGCAGCGGGGAGGACGGGAAGAGAAGGGCACCUGGGAGCUGGAGGAGAGUCCCCAUCGGAGGUUGCGCUCUGCCGGGACGGUGCCGGUGGGACGUCCGUGGCAAAACCCCAGCCGGGGAUGUGCGCAGGAGGGGGCAAACAGGGGAAUGAGGUGGCCGUCGCCCACGUCAGCAGCUCACAGCCCAGCGCGGCUCGCAGCCGGGUCGGUAACCCCCGGGUUAAUUUAGCAUUAAAUGAUAAAACUGUAUUUAGCGUUGUACGGCGAGGACCCGGGGCUGCUCUGCUGGUCACUAGCAGCAGUAACGCCGGGUCUCUGCCUCCCCUGCUCUGGCACAAGUGAGUACCCGCCUUUCUCCUCACCAUCUCAGCCUUAAAAUACCUCGGGCGGCGUCAGCUCCCAGCGAGCCGUCCUGCUCCUCACACCGCCUCCCGCCCGCACGGCCUCUUUUCCCAGCUCCCAGCCCCGACUGAUGCCGGCACGCUCCGCGGUACAACCAUAAACCAAAGGAACCCUGAGCACGAGGCCCGCGCGUGUCCUAUUUGCUUUAGCUUAGGAUUUUCGGAGUCGAUGGGAAGGUUUUCCAAAGAGAGGAUUCCCGAUGGGAAGCACCCGCCCGGUUCUCCGGGUGCUGGGAAGGGACGAGCCGAUGGCGGCGGGACGGUGCUUCUGCGGCGGGGGCUGAGCUGGAGGGUUGCAGAGGGACAGGGAUGCUCCCGCAGCUCGUCCCGGGGGGGUGGCCGAGCCCCACCAGUAACACCGAGCACCCAAACGCGCGCUCGGCGUCCAAACGAGGGCUGAGAAGCUGAAUGUGAGUUACGUUCGGUACGUAAAGUGUACGUAGCUGCUGGACCCAGGGCACAGGGCCAGGCCGGGUCGUAGAUGAAGCUCUGAGGGAAGAGUUUGAUCAGCAGCGCUAGAAUUUAGGAGAUUUUCUGUUCCCGCCCCUUGCUGCGGAUGACAUUUUAUCCGAGCGAAUAAGCAGCAGAAGCUGUGCCCAGUGACGGCAGAGACUUCAGGAGCUCCCAGCAUAAAGCGCACAGGACUAUUUUGCUAAAGACAAUUUAAAUUGACCCCAAACGCUGCCGAAUGCAGCCACCGGUGCCGUGAGUCAGGUAACCCGUGCCCGGCAGUGGGGUCCAAACCCCCUCCUGCCCUGACCCCUCCGCAGCUCCGGCUGGUUCCCCGGCACGUUGGUGAUAACCGACCGCCGGUGCUCCGCAGGGAGAAAAGGCAGAAAAAGAGGAGGCAAUGUUGACGCACAGAGCCUUUUCUUUCAUUUUCUUUGGCAUAUUGCGUGCCUAAAGCUUCGUUUCAGCUGCCGCUGCUGCUGACGUUCCCUCCCUCACCCCCGUGUCGUGAGGAUUCGCUGACAAAGGCUGGAAGCGGCGUUCGGAAAAUGAAACGCUUCCAGUGUUAAACACUACUAUUUCUCCCGCUUGAUGGCCGCGUAUAGAUUUCUGGCUCCAGAACGCCUGCCAAAGCAUUACUCACCGCUGGCUUUCUGCAUCCUCCCAGGCUUUUUCUGACAGAUGUGCCUUCUGCAGGCAAUCUCUUACCCCCUGCUUUUUCCAAACGCCGGCGGUUGCCUAGAAAGAAGACCUUGAAAUGCAUCGCCUGCUUUCAAAAGCCCUCUUCUUAAUAGCCCCUUGCGCUUUGCAAUUGCAACGCUCCGACUCCGGACCCUCGGAGCCCCUGAGUUGUGUUUAAUUGGCAGCCUCCGCGUAGCAGGGAUGGUGUAACCGGUACAGCUGCAUCAGAAAUCACACCAGGGCACGGGGCGGGGGGACACGUAUUUUAAAAGCACAGAAUUGAAACAGCUACGUAUACACCCUGCUGCCCUUCAAAGCUAAUGUGAGAAUUUGAAAAAGAUGGAUUUUGUGGGACGCAGGAGUUUUUAAAUGGCUCGGGUCGCUAGUCCCGCAGCAGCGUCCGAGGGGCUUCGCGUCGAAAGCAGCGUUAGCAACUCGCGGUGAGCUUCAGACAGCAGCAAAAAGAAAGAAA